GAGGAGAAGAGCCGCGUCAUCUACAUCGGCCACAUCCCCGACGGCUUCUUCGAGGACCAGAUGCGCGGCUUCUUCGGGCAGUUCGGCGAGGUCACGAACCUGCGGAUCUCGCGGUCCAAGAAGACGGGCAACUCCAAGGGUUACGGCUUCGUCGAGUUCGCCGACGGCGACACGGCGGCCGUCGCCGCGGGCACCAUGGACAAGUACCUCCUCUACGGCAAGCAGCUCGUCGUCCACGUCGCGCCCCUAGACCUCGCGCGGCACCCGAAGCUCUUCGCGCACAGCGACAAG